GGCACCAUUCACCACAAGAAACGAAGAAGCCGACGACCGUCAGCGCAUCGCAGCGCAGCAGCCGGUUGUUGAAACUUUUAGUAUUGACUUAUCGCUGUUGCGAACAGGACGGACGGAUAACAACGGACUCCAGUAGCGAUGGUAAGCGACAACACGGUUUUCUUAUCAAGCGAGCGUGCACAAUAUUUGGUGAUCUCCUUUUCCUUGCUCUUGUUUAAGCAUUCGAAAUCGUGGAUCAUAACGGCAGUGACAGUUGCACUGACCGUGACCGUGACCGUUGCCGCCCCUGUACGAGAGCAGGAUCCGGAGCUCGUUUACUUCGAAAAUGUGCGCGAUGAAAAUGGGUACAGCUUUUCCUACAAAACAAAGGAUGGCCAGUUCCGCGAGGAGCAAGGGACCAUCGACCCCGAGACGGGCAUUUUGCGUGUAACAGGAGUGUAUCGCUUCAUCGGGACCGAUGGCGAAACGUACGAGUACAGUUACGAGGCGGACGAGAAUGGGUAUCGCAUUGUAGAGAAGCCUCCUCCGGCAGGCAUCUCCAAUACGGUGUUGCUUUCGCUGGUUGGCUGACCAGACCAGUGAAGCAAAAGGUGGACAAAUAUUAUCUACAAUUCUUGUGGAAUGGAAUAAACGAGCGCUUCACGUAGAAA